AUCAGCGUAAUGUAAAGAGACUAAGAAGCGGAGGCAGAGCUGAAUUUUAAAUUUAGCGUUAGGUCCCGAACCUGAAACAUUAAAAAUUUUUUUCUGCAGAUGUUGCCCGACCUACGAAGUAAUCCCUGCAUUUCAGACUGGCGACAUCCUUGGCAUGUUGCACUUAUGUUCUGAUAACCUGCAGUACAGCGCGGAGGCGAUGGCUAUGCCUGAGGUGGUUCCUCGGAGACUUAGCUUGCUCCCUCCCCUCGCUCCUCAGCCGGUCCCCGUCCCCGCCCCCUCCCGGGCGGCGGCAGCAGCGCCCAUACAACCGGUGUGGAGAUGUUGCCUGCUUCUCACUCGCACCGGUAGGAACCGCCCUUUCAGUGCUUUCCUCCUCCCUGCUGCCACUGCCGGCCGGCUUGCGAGGAGGAAGCGGGCUGCAGGGCAGUGGCAGGCGGAACCGCAGCCGGGGCUCUCAUCCGACCUCUCACCGGCACCGAGCAAGCGGCACCAGCGGGCAGGCAUGGGAGACGGCUGCUUUCGGAGAUUCGCCAACUGCCUCUACACCUGCUGUUUGACAGAUGAAAAAGUAAAGACUUACCUUUCACUUCAUACACAUGUACUGGAAGAAUUUGUGGCAGACAGUGUUGAUGUUGAAACAGUAGAAAAAUGGCUAAUGAAAAAGCACAGCAGGCAAGAUGGUGAAAUUUUGCUGAAGUUAGCAAGUCCCUCUACUGAAGCACCAGGAGCAGAAUUUAUUUGGGAUGACUCCUUGUCCAAAGAAACAAAUAGGUACUUGGAAAGCAACAUUCAGGCAGUGGUCUACGAAUUAAAUUCAUACCUAGAACAGCGUCUGGACGUUGGUGGUGACAACAAACUACUAUUGUAUGAAUUGUCCAACAUCAUCAAAACAGCCACCAAUGCUGACACAUUUGCGCUUUAUUUUUUGGGAGAAGGCAGCAAUCAGACACUUUACUUGUUUACUCCAGUCGGAUUAAAUGAUAAUCAGCAGCGACUUACUCCUACAGGGCAAGUUGGAUAUGGCACCACAAUAGCAUCGUAUGUAGCCAAAUUCAGAAAAACACUUCUAGUAGAAGAUAUUGCUGGGGACAAAAGAUUCCCCAAAGGGACGGGGCUGGAGUCAGCAAGUCCUAUCCAAUCUGUUCUCUGUUUACCAAUAAUCACUGCCGGCGAUGAGUUAAUAGGUGUUUUGGAACUGCAUCGAUAUUUCAGCAAAGAUGCCUUUGACAUCAACCAACAGAAGGUUGCCACUGCAAAUUUAGCGUGGGCUUUGGUGGCAAUACAUCAAAUCCAGGUGUCAAAAGGUCUUGCCAAACAAACUGAAUUGAACGAUUUUCUACUGGAUGUUUCCAAAACCUACUUUGAUAAUAUAUUGGCAAUAGAUUCACUACUUGAACACAUUAUGAUGAAUGCAAAAAGCUUGGUGAAUGCAGAUCGCUGUGCACUCUUUCAGGUUGACCACAACAAGAGAGAACUGUAUUCAGACUUAUUUGAUAUCGGUGAAGUGAAAGAAGGAAAACCAGUCUUCAAGAAAACUAAAGAGAUUAGGUUUUCUAUUGAGAAAGGAAUUGCUGGACAAGUAGCACGAACAGGGGAAAUUCUAAACAUUCCUGAUGCCUAUGCAGACCCUCGCUUCAACAGAGAAAUAGACCUUUAUACAGGGUAUACAACACGAAACAUUCUCUGCAUGCCUAUCGUCAGCCGAGGGAUUGUCAUUGGUGUUAUACAAAUGGUGAACAAAAUGAGUGGUAAAGCCUUUACUCAAACAGAUGAGAAGAACUUUAAAAUGUUUGCAGUUUUCUGUGCUUUGGCUUUACACUGUGCAAAUAUGUACCACAAAAUACAACAGUCAGAGUGCAUUUAUCGGGUCACAAUGGAGAAGCUGGCUUAUCAUAGUAAAUGUACAACUGAAGAGUGGGAGUCCCUCAUGAAAUCUACUUUGCCCAAAUCCCUUUGCAAAGAGGUUGAACAAUUCCAUUUUGAUAUCAGGCCCUAUGAGGACCUCUGGCCAAGGAUUUUUAUCUAUAUGAUACAUAGUAGCUGUGGAAAGAACAGCACUGAUCUGGAAAAACUGUGUCGGUUCACAAUGUCAGUGAAGAAAAACUACCGUCGUGUGCCUUACCACAACUGGAAACAUGCGGUCUCUGUGGCACAUUGCAUGUACACUAUCCUGCAGAGCGUUCAGGGCACAUUUUCAGAACUGGAGUGUCGCGGGAUGACCAGCAAUCAUUGCCUAUCUCAUAACAGUAUGGGAAGUACUGUUAGAAUAGCCCGGAGAAAAAGUCUCCUUGUGGCUUGUUUGUGUCAUGACCUAGACCACAGAGGUUAUACUAACAGCUACCUACAAAAGUUUGACCAUCCACUGGCCGCUCUGUACUCCACCUCCAUAAUGGAGCAGCAUCACUUCUCCCAGACAGUUGCUAUCUUACAGUUGGAAGGGCAUAAUAUUUUCGCCAAUCUGACAGGUGAUGAACAUGAAAAUUUGUUGGAAAUCAUUCGGAAAGCCAUCAUUGCCACUGAUCUUGCACUACAUUUUGGAAACAGAAAACAGUUAAGUGACCUGCUGCAAGCAGGGGCAUUGAAUAUCAACAAUCAAGCACAUAGAGACAGGGUGAUUGGUCUCAUGAUGACAGCUUGUGAUCUCUCCUCCGUCACCAAAUUAUGGCCAGUUACCAAGGCAACAACCGCUGAUAUAUAUGCUGAAUUCUGGGGAGAGGGUGACGAAAUGAAAAAAAUGGGACUACAGCCCAUACCCAUGAUGGACAGGGAUAAACAUCAUGAGAUCCCCGAGGGCCAGGUUGGUUUCUACAAUGCUGUAGCCUUGCCUUGUUAUCGUAUACUUGCAGAGAUCUUUCCAGCAACCACUCAUUUGUUAAAAUCUUGCAGAGAGAAUCUUGCUCAGUGGGAGAAGAUCGUACAAUCAAGAGAUGCCUCAGGAACAGCUCGAAACCAAAAGUCUCCUUUGAAGAACAGCCCUGUAAAAAUUGAGAACUAAUGAGACCAGUACUCUGAAAUGAAUGCUCCACCAUUGCAUAUGGCUCUGAGUAGAAGAAGAGCCUGUAACUGUUGUUGAUACAGUGACAUUACCUCAUGAAUCCAUGACAACAUUACUCCCUUUCUAGUUGAUUACACUGGACAUUUGGAAAUUUAACAUUUUGUAAGGCAUCAGAUGUGGCUGUUCUAACAAAUCUGUUGUGUUUGGAAAAUAAUAUGAUUUUUUAAGAAAAUAUUGGCCCUUAAUUAUAUAUUGUAUUGCUGUGGCCUUAAUAUACUUAUAAACAGGGAGGUACUUUCCAUGCAAUCAUAUGCUAGGUGUAGCAUUUGCAGUGGUACUGAAAUCAUUAUUUUCAUUAUAGGUACUUUAUAUAUCAGUAUGAAUGUUGGUAGAAGAGAUACAGUGUGUGUAUGUGUAAAUAUAUAUAUAUAUAUAUACACACACACACACAUACACACACACACACACACACACACACAUAGUGUAUAUAUAUGUAGGAUGUUGCAUUGUAGUAGCUGUAGUCUGAGUGACAAAUAUUGUUAAAUUAUUACUUGAACUGAUGACAGCAUGCAACAGAAAUGCAAAUUGCAAAAAAAAAGACAGAUCUUUCAGUCAACUUAGAAUUAUUUCCAACUUAGAACAGUAAAAGAAAUUUGUAGUCAAAUUUCUGUUGGGGGUGUAAAUGAACACAAGUCAAGGGGAUAAAGAAUUUCUUUAUAGGAAGGACAGAAUAAUGUACUAUUUUUCUCUUGUCCUGUAACAAGCUGGUUUAGACAUUGAUUUACUUCAUUUGUUUGAGUAGUAGCUGUGAUGAACAGGUUUUAUGGUGAAGGUGCUCUAAAUUGGAUAAAAUCUGGAUAAACUUGAAGUUGGUAAUCUGAAAUAACAACCCUAAUAUUUUCCCCAUAUCUGAACAGCAGUAUAUAAUGAUUAGCAGAACAAGUCAACAGUAACAAUUCGGUAAAAGGUCAAGGCCUCAUGAAGAUUGUAAUUUCAUUUUGUUUUCACUUUUGAUUUUUAAAUGAGGGAAGUGAGUGAGAGAUGAGAAGUGGGAAUUUAUCUGCUUACCAAAUGUGGGAAAUUCUCGAGUUUACAGGUUUGUAAUACAUUAUAUCACAGGAUAGAUGUUGUCCUGAUACAGAAAACACAGAUUGACACUCAUGGGUGCCCUACAGUGAACACUGACACAUCAGCUGAAUCACCACAUUGCCACUGAUAACUGUAACUGAAUUGAACUCCAGCCAGAAGAAUCAAUGCUGUUGUAUCUUUCAGUAGUUGCUACUCCAGAGUAAGUAACUGAAGAAAAGUUUUGUAUUUGGAAAAGGAAAACUUGAAAACAUCAGACAGGCACAAGGUAAGUAAAUUAUCUGAGCACAAAGCAAAAGAUCAUAUUAAUGUGACAAUGGUUGCACAGAUUUAUUGCAGAAGUGAAUAAUCUUUUUUUCUUCAUGAAUUGCUUACCAAGUAUUGUUCAUUACCAUACGUCAUUUCUGAAUAAUGAAAUUACUGAAAACCAUUCAGUAUCCAACAAUGAAAUGAAAAAUGAAUCUUGCCUUUCAAAGUUUAGAAAUAAUUUGCACAAUGUAAGUUACACUAUGAGUACCUCGGCAAAUCUGUGGAGUAAGAUUUACCAAAGCUGUGAGGCAAAGGCUUUAGGCAUACAGUAUACUGUCAUGCUUUUUUGACAGAAGUGAGAUGUGUGAUUGCUAGAACAUUCCUAAUGAUUGAAAAAUAUUGGUAAUAUGAUCUUGCAUUCUCACGCUACAUUUGCUAGACAAAAAGAGAUAAUGCAGGGGAAGAGUAAAUGGGAAUUCUAUCAUGCAUAACAGACCCCUUGUAUAAAUGUUUUUAAUCCUUUCUAUCUACUGCUACACAUUGAUUGUUCCACUUAUAAUACCUGAAUGUUUAAAACUUACAAAACUGAAGUAUCCAAAUUGACAAAACAUUGAUAGCUUUUAACUUCAUUUGCUUCCCUAAUAUAAAUUAUAAAAUCAUACUGUACCAUAGAACUGAUGGGCCUUUUCAUGGAAUUCUAAUAUUGCAGUAUGUUGCACUAGCCUACUCGGAAUGCUGUCAAUCUUGUUGGCUCUAGUUUUUUCUGGAAGUUUUAAAUCUAUUUUUUGCACUCUUUUAUUGUACUUAAUAUAAUGGAAUGCUUUGUGUGCAUGUAAUAUGUACAAACAAACUGGAACUUCAUAACAUAUUUCUUCUCAUGCCUGCUGCCCAAGCAGCUUCAACGUCACCUGUAAAUACAAGUAAAUGCUGACUAAUUGUCCUCUUUAGCUUUAUUAUAAAAUGUAAUGUUUCAGUGUAACAAAUGUUAAUAUUUAGGCAAUUGUUUACUCCAAGUGAUUUGGUUAUGUACAUUUACAAUGCAGAAACAUAACAGUUACUGUAAAUUAAUUUGUACACAGUAUAGUAUGUUGGUUCAAAAAGUCCGAAGUUUUGGUUGGGCUUUUCUGUUAGAAGUAUUUCCAGAGUAGAUACAUGUUGACUAGUAACAGGAUAUACUCUGAAGAAGUGAAAAUGGUAAAAACUGCAAGUGCAAUAAUUUUGAGGUGUCUUAACUUCCAGUUUAUAAAUUAUAAAUAUUGUACAUGUUCUGUAAGUUUUCUUGUCUCUUCAUUUGCAGUCUUUGUAUUAAAAAAACCUAUACUCUU